CAUGACGUCAUUUGUUGACGUUCCGGAGUGUGGAAAUAUGGCGGCGCGCUGGAGCAGUGAGAAUGUGGUGGUAGAGUUUCGGGAUGCGCAGGCAACUGCCAUGUCAGUGGACUGCCUUGGCCAGCACGCUGUUCUCUCAGGGAGGCGAUUCUUAUAUGUUGUAAAUCUGGAGACGCCGUCCGAAGCACCACGCAAAAUCAGCCGCCAAAGCAAAUGGGAUGUUGGAACAGUCCAGUGGAAUCCGCACAAAACGGAGGCCCAUUUAUUUGCUGCAUCUAGUAACCAGCGUGUUGACCUGUACGUUUGGCGUGAUGGAUCUGGUGAACCACACAAUUCUCUGCAAGGACACACGCGUGUUAUAAGUGAUUUGGACUGGUCCUGGUUUGAACCGGAGUUUCUUGUCACCAGUUCUGUGGACACAUACAUCUACAUAUGGGACACGAGGGACACUCGGAAACCGACUGUGGCGUUAUCUGCCGUAGCCGGAGCCUCUCAGGUGAAGUGGAACAAAAGAAAUCACUAUUGUUUAGCCUCCAGUCAUGAUGGUGAUGUCAGAAUCUGGGACAAGAGGAAACCCAACACUGCAGUGGAGUAUGUAGCAGCCCACCUUUCAAAAAUCCAUGGACUGGACUGGCACCCUGAUAAUGAGUACAUCCUGGCCACUUCCAGUCAGGACAACUCUGUCCGGUUCUGGGAUUAUAGACAACCACGGAAGUACCUUGAUAUCUUGUCCUGUCAGGUGCCUGUGUGGAAGGCCAGAUAUACACCCUUCUCUAAUGGGCUGGUGACCGUGAUGGUUCCUCAGCUACGACGAGAGAACAGUCUCCUCCUGUGGAGCACACUGGAACUCAACAGCCCCGUUCACGCUUUUGUAGGUCAUGAUGAUGUCGUGCUUGAAUUUCAGUGGAGGCCACAGAAAGAAGGUUCCAAAGACUGUCAGCUGGUCACAUUGUCCAGAGACCAAACCCUCAGGAUAUGGAGAGUGGAUCCGCAACUCCAAAAGCUGUGCUGUGCGAACGACAUCACGGAGGAAUUGAUGGAAGGCUUGUCUCUCACGACAGAGACAGAAAAGACGCUGCGCUCGCAAGGUGCCGAGCCUUCGCUCAGUCCGGGACUCACAGCGGAGAACUCACAGGAUCAGCUCGAAGGCCCAUGGUCUGGGCUGAUGUCCAGUGGUAAGAAUGACAUCCUGGGUUUACCUCAGACUCUACAGCAGGAGUUUUCCCUCGUCAACUUGCAGAUUCGCAAUGUCAACGUGGAGAUGGAUGCCGUUAACCGGAGUUGCUUUGUUUCGGCCGACUGCGGAGCUAACCGUGUCCGUCUUGUGGUGAAGUUUCCUGCCCAGUAUCCCAACAAUGCUGCUCCGUCUUUCCAGUUUGUUCCUCCGACAAACAUCUCGUCUUCCAUGAAGACCAAGAUACAGAAGAUCUUGACAGAUACGUCACUUCAGAAGGUGAAAAGAAACCAGAACUGCUUAGAGCCCUGUGUCAGACAGCUGGUGUCCUGUUUAGAGUCAGAUAUGGAGGACGGUACAAACCCCUAUGUACUGACCAACCCUGUAACUCCUGCGCUUCCUGCUUUCCCUCGAGUAACCAACACCUAUGGUUCGUAUCAGGAUGCCAACAUCCCCUUCCCCCGCACCUCAGGGGCACGCUUCUGUGGGACAGGUUCCUUGGUUUAUUUCACACGGCCCAUGACUAUGCAUCGCACGCUCCCGCAGACUGAACCUACUCCAAGGUCACUAUCAGCUCUCUCAGCGUAUCACAGCGGAGUGAUGACGCCCAUGAAGAUGCGAACAGAGUCUCAGUCCACACUGAGGUUGUACAGCGGGAGCCCCACUCGUACUGACAAAGACCAAGUCUCUAUUUCGUCUUUCUACUACAAAGAACGGAAGCCUCCUCUGUCUGCUCCCCGCCGCUGGUCUGUGCAGACUAUUCAUGACUGUCCGAAAUCACGCCGCUGGAAAGGCAAGCGAGAGGGAACAGACUACAGCAACAGACCCAUUAAACUGGCUGGCAAAGUCAUCAUCCAGGAGAUCUCGUGUCUGCUUCCUGUGCACAAAGCCCUCGGGGAGACAUACGUACUAAAUGUUAAUGACAUACUGGACACGUGUCAGAAGAAUGGAGCUGCAGCCUUAGCAGUCGGCCGCAGAGAUUUAGCAAAGGUCUGGGCACUUGCUUCAGCAGCCACUAGUCUUGACCUCAAUCCUGACCCUGACCCUGAUGCUGGAACUCCAUGGGCUAAACAUCCUUUUGGGCGACAAUUGCUGGAGACAUUACUGGAGCACUACAGUCAGAUGAGUGAUGUUCAGAGUCUGGCCAUGUUGUGUAGCGUGUUCAGAGGUCACAGCAGUCCUCAGGAAUACUUAACUCUAUAUGGACAUCAACAACCACGACCAGCCAUCCCCCACUCUCGCUACCCAAGCUUCACCUCCAGUUCUGUCACAUCUGGAUCAUGUUCAAGUACCUCAGAUUCUGCAACGAUUCCUUGGAACAUGGGUGGUCGUGAAUCAGAACACGCCCCUCCCUGGAGUGAAUCGUUGCCUGAUGACUAUCGCUAUGCAAACCAAAUUUACACUGACCCACGAGAGCGAGAAAAAGAGCAACACGACAUGAACAAAAGGUUACUGGACCCCUCCAAUUCUUUCCAGUUCGAUGACUUUAAGAAAUGUUACGGUGAGAUUCUGCACCGUUGGGGUUUAAGGGAGAAGAGGGCAGAGGUGCUUAAAUUUGUUUCUUGCCCACCAGAGCCACACAAAGGCAUAGAGUUUGGCGUUUAUUGCUGUCACUGUCGCAGUCAGGCACGAGGCACCCAGUGUGCCGUCUGCAAACGCUUCACCUUUCAGUGCGCCAUCUGUCAUGUGGUCGUCCGCGGCUCAUCUAACUUCUGCUUGAGCUGUGGCCACGGCGGGCACACCAGUCACAUGAUGGACUGGUUCCGCUCUCAAGAGGUCUGUCCAACCGGCUGUGGGUGCCACUGCCUCUUGCAAAGCACCUUUUGAAAUUUACAAAAAGGAAUGUUCUAGGUUCAAUACAAGUUAAGCUCAGUCGACAGCACUUGUAGCAUAAUGUCGAUUACCACAAAAAAAUAUUUUGACUUGUCCCUCGUUUAUUUUAAAAAAAGGCCGAUAGGAUGAGGCAUUUACAAUGGAAGUGAAUGGGGCCCGUCUUUAAAGUUAAAAUGCAAUGAUGUUAGUGUGAUAAAAUCUUUGCACUACAUGGUUUUCAUGUGAUAAAAUCGAUUGCAGAGUUUACUAGUGUUACAUUCUAAUUACAACAAAGUAAUAUUGCAUAUAACUUUACAUAGAAAAGGUUAGUAAGUGAUAUUAUCACACUAAAAUCAUGUUAACACGUAUAAUGUUUGUGUGUUCUGGCUAUACGUGUCAAAAAUUGUGUAUUUUAACAUUUAUGGAGUGGCCCCAUUCACUUCCAUUGUAAGUGCCUCACUGCAACUGUGAUUUUUGCUUUUUUAAAUAAAAAUGGACGAGUUGAAAUUAUUUUUUGUGGUAAUCAACUUUUUUUCUGGUAUGCCACAAAUGCUGUUGGUUAUUAAACCUGGAACAUUCCUUUAAAGGAAUAAUACACCCAAAAAUGCACAUUUUGUCUUUUGUAAUUGCAUUAUUACCCUCAUAUCAUUUCCAAACCCAUAUGCUGUUAAUUUUGAAAAUUCUUCUCCCAGCUAUUUUCUAUAUAAAGACAAUUAUAACCACGGCUGUCAAGUCCUAAAAAGGACCUAAAAACACCAUAGAAGCACCUUAAAAGAAGUCUAUGUGAUUUGUGUGCUAUAUUCCAAGUCUUCUGAAGCCAUUCAAUAGCUUGGUGUGAGGAACAGAAAGAAAAUUAAAACAUUAUCUUAAAACAAAUCAUGAGAUUUGAGAGCUUCGGUGGAUUUUCACUGAAUAACGACUCAAAUUUUGGUCUGUUCCUCACACAAAACUGCAUGAAGAAGUGGAUUUGGGAUGACAUUGAGGUGAGUAAAUAAUGACAAAAUUCUCACUUUUGGGUGAACCAUUCCUUUAAGGAAGCAAAGCCUGAUCUCAUUAGGAUAUGUCUCAAAGCUCUUUGUACUGUAGCAAUUCCUCGGUGUAAAGACGUUGAGGAAAACAGAUUAUCCCUGCAUCAAAUGGGAUGGACUAACAGCAACUGACUGUUCGUUCAAGUGUAGAAUAACGUUUAAGUAGGAACCGCAAACAUCAACCUUAUAAUAGGUCAAACCAACCUUGUUAAUGAGUAAACAGUGCUGUUUUUUGCACUUUUAUACUGUUGAAUUGAGUAGAUUAAAUAUUUGCUCUACAAUGUGCCAGGAAAUUUCAUCUGUGAAACAUAAAAGGGAAAAGAAUGUUAGUGGCUGAUUUUUAUGUUUCUAAAACAUUUUUUUUUUUUUCUUCAGAUCAUUUUUCAUUUGAAAAGAAUAUUUAAAAAGUUGUGUUUUGUCCUGCAGAGGAGAAAUGUCUUAUGCUUUGAAGGAUGUACCAGCAUGUACAGAAAGUGUGCCAUAAGAAUAUAAAUACAUUUGACAAUACCAGGAUCAAUACUUGAUAUGCCACUUGAUUAGUUGUAGUAAUGCUGCAGGAAAUAUCUUUUAAAUUCUCUAUCGAAUGUCUUCAUAAAAGUGUAAAUCAAACAUGUAAACUGCCUUUACUACCUCAUAAAUCAAUGGGUAUAAUUCAUAUUGUUUUUUAAGCUAGGAAUAACAAAUAAACCUACUAAGAAAGUAAAA